CUGGUGGUGACUUUUCUCCCAUCAUGUCAAGGUAUGUCUCAUUUUGCGUGACUUUCUGUCCCCAACAGGGAUGGCAAAGCCACACUAUGGAGAUCGUGGAGAUGCCUCUCUGCCAAGCUUCUUCAUCAUCUUCAUCUUCCUGCAGCUCCUGCCCACUGGGAACGGGAAAGCUGAUUUCUAUGUCCUUGGGCCUGGAGAACCUCUUCUGGCCAUAGUGGGGGAAGACACAGAGUUGCCAUGUAGAAUGUCCCCCAACAUCAGCGCUGAGGGCAUGGAGCUGAGGUGGUACAGGGACCAGCCCUCCCCAGCCGUGCACUUGCACAAGAAUGGGGAAGAUGUGUUUGAAGAGCAGAUGGUGGAGUACCAGGGAAGAACAACUUUUAUGAGCGACCAUAUGGCCAGGGGUGAGGCCAUGGUGAGGAUACACAAUGUCACCGUGUUUGAUAAUGGAACAUAUCACUGCCUCUUCAAGGAACACACAUCUUACAGCAAUGCCACCUUCUGGCUGAAGGUAGCAGGGCUGGGAUCAGCACCCAGAAUCCGAGUGACCAACAAUCACGACAAAGGUAUCCAGGUAGAGUGCACCUCGGCAGGCUGGUACCCAGAGCCCUGGGUAGAGUGGAGGGACCUCAGGGGACAGAUGAUGCCUGCUGUGACCCAUUUCUCAGUGUUGGACACCAGUGGCCUCUUCACUGUGGUAUCUAGUGUGGUACCCCAAGACGGAAUUACAGAGGGUCUGACUUGCUACAUCUCCAACCCCCUCCUCUCUGAGAGCAAAGUGGCAGAGAGCAGCUGGCCCACUUCUCUCUCCGGAAGGCCUCAGUUAACAGAAUGGAGACUAGCUCUGCCUUUGAUCCUCAUUGCACUUGGACUUGUAAUGGCUGGAGUCAUCUGUCUCUUUGGGAAACAUCAGAGGGAAGAACUCAGGACACAGCUAGAAGAAGAUACAGAGCAAGGGGGAAAAGAGCAGAAGCAGCCAGGAAGCUGGGCUGAAGCUAAGCUAUUCCAUGUGAGCCCAUCCCUGGACCCCAAUACCGCAAGCCCCAAACUCAUGGUGUCUGAGAAUCAGAAAAGUGUGAAGCGGCUGCUCUUUGAGCAGGACCUGCCCCUCAAUUCCAGGAGAUUUGACCAGGACCCCUGCAUCAUGGCCCAUGAGCGGUUCUGGACUGGACGAUAUUACUGGGAAGUAGAGGUGGGAGACAGGAAAGCUUGGACUCUGGGUGUGUGUCUGGAGAGUUUAGGUCGGGUGGGAAGGAUCCCCAAGUCCCCCCAGCAUGGCCUCUGGGCAGUGGAGUUUUACAAGAAGAGAUUCUGGGCUCUCUCCUAUCCCAGGACUCCUCUCUCUCCUCCCCAGCCUUUCCGCAGGGUGGGUAUUUUCUUGGACUGUGAUGGUGGGGAGAUCUCCUUCUACCACGUGACUCAUGGUACCCUGGUCUACACGUUCUCCACACUGUCUUUUCCUGGUGCUCUGCAACCAUUCCUUUGCCUAUGGACUCAUGACCCCAUCCCUCUGACCCUCUGCCCAGUGGUUGGAGAGACCCAGAAAGACAAGGGGCCCCCUGGAGAUCCCUGACUACCCCUGAGAACUCCUGGAACUUCAAUAAGGAGAAAGCAGUAGGGAUUUUAACUCAGGGUCUCACACUUGCUCAGUAGGCACUCUACCACUUUAACCACAACCCCCAGCCCUGGUGAUA